CUUGAGUUAGCCAACAAGACACUGAUGAACUUUGUCACAAUGAGAGGACUUUUAACACGAGUCGUAAACCGAGUUUUGCUGAGUGAGCUGUUUACGCCAGCCAUGGGCAUUGAAGCAGACAUGCACACAGAAGGCAGGCGAAGGAUGGUGGUGGGGCUGGGUAACCCAGGGAUGGAGAGUACCAGACACAGCGUCGGCAUGGCGGUGCUCGGAGCGCUCGCCACCCGGUUCAGCUUGGCUGACUGCUGGCGUAGCGACAAGCACGUGUCGGCUGAGGUCAUCGUGUCAGAGAUAGAACACACACAUGUGGUGCUGCUCCGUCCCAGGCUACUGAUGAACAUCAACGGCGUGUCAGUGGCCAAAGCAGCUCGUAAAUACGGCAUCAGGCCUGAGGACAUCAUGCUGGUCCACGAUGAACUGGACAAACCUCUAGGGAAGAUUGCCAUCAAACAUGGAGGAAGUGCCAGAGGUCAUAAUGGUGUCCGCUCCUGUGUCGACUGUCUUCAAACUGAUGUGAUGCCCAGACUUCGGGUCGGGAUCGGCCGGCCAGCGGGGCAAACUUCGGUGGAGCGUCACGUCCUGGGCCGGUUCUCUGCAGAGGAGCGGAAGGUUCUGGACUCUGUUCUUGCCCAAAGUGUGGAUACCCUACUCUCCCAGUUCCUCCAGCAGGACUCUCAGCCGGACUCCCAGUCCCCCUCCUCACCAGCAGGGGGCAGACAGGCUGCAUGGAAGAGGAAGGAGAGGGAGAGCUCAGACUCUCCAGCCAAGGACUCUGCUGCUGCUCAGACAUGAAGCCCCGAGUUUGUCAACAUAAACAGGAGAACACAGGAUCCAUUACAGAGAGGAGAACAUUAUCAUGACUGUAUUUAUUCUCUGGCUGAAAUUAAAUGAGGUGACCCACAUUUCCACAGAGCAUGAUAACAGCUCAAAAAGAUGAAGUCAAGAGCAGAGUAACCACAAAACAGGAUUAAAGUACAAAAUUGAUGUAUGACACGACCUGCAGAGCUCAUUUUGUGUGUAUUUAUUUAUAAAGGAUGAUUUUACUCUAUCGAAUGUCAUGCACAUACAGACACAGAAUAAAGAUUUCUAUACUUUUAUGUUAACAAUGAUAACAACCACAAAAUCAGAAGGCUGUGUAGACUUGGUGGAGGUCUGCAGUGGAAUCUGACUGAUACCUCACUUUUAGGCUGGUACCAGUAUCAAUAAUUGAGAGAAAUAAUGUUUCCUCUGAUAUUUAUUCACUGAUGGAUUAGACCUAUGGUGUUGGAGGGUGUUGAGACAGUCAAAGGAUGGAUCGGUGGUGUUACACUGUGGCUGCAGCAGAGGCUGAUACUGAACUGUAGAAGCUGCUGUGCAGAAAUAUGUCAAGAAUUUGGGAUUUGAUAUGAUUUCAAUAACAUUUAAACUCAAAAGCCAGCAGUACAUGACUCAUACAGCGGCUCUAGACCACUUGUAAAUUUUGUUCAUACACAAGGUGGUAAUUCCUGCUAGGGAGCUUACAUUUCUGUCCAGACACUAUGAGUCAGAGGAGAGAAGAUCUAUGUGGAAAAAAAAUGUUGAUACCUACUGAAUCAGUGCCAGUUAUUACUGUGUACCUAAUCCAGUGAUCUGAACAAGCAGCGGCAAUGCUGUGUCUGCUUCUUUUUGCCAUUAUCCAUCAGAGAGUUUCAGGUAUCGAUGAACAAACUAUUUCUGUGUUGUGAUUCUGAUGGAUCUGUGAUAAGCAGAUGGCGUCAGCAGCACUAGUUUGUUAACAACAGCAAUGAUGGUUGGACACUCGCAUGUAUCAUCAGGGGACAAGGGUGGUACACUCACACACUGACUGUAUUUCACUUUAAAAAUUGGAGGAUACAUCUCUCCAACAGCUGCUGUUAUCAUCAACAUUAUAGGCAAGUUAGAAGGUUGAAGGGUGAAGCGAACAAUGCCUAGAAAUGCCACUUGUCUGUAUUAUGACAUAAAACUGAACAUAAACAAG